AUGAACCCUGAUGUUGACUACGCCAGUUUGUACCGCGACCUUUCUUCAAAAUGUAAAAAGUAUCCUCUUCUUUUACUCAUCAUCUUCUUAGGAAAAUAUUUCGCAAGGCCAACAUUACUGAGGCUAGAGAUGACUUCGGUAAGUUAAUCAGCCUUCAGUAAAUAAAUUCACAAAUCCCCAAAGCCUUCUUAGCUAAGACUCUUGCUGCUGAAGAUACGCCCGAAUAUUCGGGCGUAUUUGCACUGGGCAAGGCAAAGUAGGUCUCACGUAGCUUGACAAGCCGUCACACCUCUCUAGGUGUGAGGCCCAACUCAAUAAUGCUAUCGGAGAGGCGGCCGCCCUGUUAGAGGCCGCAGCCUGUUUCCUACGUGCCGAGGAGAAUCUCACUUUAACCAGCAGCUUUUCCAUUCGCGAGAAUCUGGACUUCUUCGUCUCAUGCAGCCUGAAGGCUGCCAGGGUGCGUGCGAAAUUAUGAGCGCUUUGAGCUUUUUCUAUCAAUAUAGAUAUACGAAAUGAACGACCACCUGACUUUUGCAUCAAGUGUGUACAUUCACGUCGGUGAUACACUUAUGGUAAACUUCUGGCCUUUCUUUUCUCAUUGUCAAUCACCACACUCAGAAGUUUGAAAGUUACGACGCCGCACUGCCGAUAUUGUCUCAGGCGGCGGACAUAUUCUGUAGGGAUGCGCCCCGGUCUAUGCACGUACUCUCCAAAUGUGCUAGGUGUCAGAUUUUCAUGCGUAGGUAUCCGCCCCCUGCACAGGUUUUAUUACUGCUGUUUAGGGGACUAUGUUGGCGCGCUGACUACCUACCAGCGAAUGCAAGCCCUAAUACUUGACGCAUAUGGUUAGUAGCCACUUUCAUAUCUUCUCAUAUGAUCCCUCCUCGGUAAGCUACCCACGACUAUGAACCGGAACUGUUUUUCGAUUACAUGAAAUCCUGCGAAAUUUUUCGUGUUCUGCUCAUUCUUCUGACAACCGUAAGUUCCUCACAUCGUACCCUAAGACGACUAUCAUAGCCACCGCCCUCCCUGAAGCACGACUCGGAACAGGUAGGCGCCUAUUCGUUGAAGGCGUACCUGACUGGUGGCCAAGGUCCGUCGGAGACAUGUGUCGCUGGCCUCUUGGACUCUGAUCUCUUCCUUCUCCUGAAGUCCCUCAUUGUAGGUGUCUUCUGUUUGCUUACAUUUCGCUCUCAAAGAUGGCAUACAAAUCCAGCAACAUCAACGAAUUAGAAUACACAGCGACCUACCUCCAAAGCCACGUAAGCUUGGUCCAGAGGAAACUGCUAUGUGACCUUCUUGAAGAACUGAUUAACCCUCUCGGUAGCUGAUACCUUGAGCUGCCCACAACCUCUGGAAAGGACAUCUGUGAUACCCUUUUUUUAAAAAUAAAAGCAUCUUCCCAUAUGAUUUUAAAGAUGUCCGUGAUUCUUUAGUUUAGCCCAUGGCUAUUUCUGGUCUCUGUUCGUCCAAACUCCUCGGGCAAGGUCUGUUUGUCUCUUCGGCUUGUGCUACCAAAGCCCAGACUGCUUGAGUCUGGUAAAACGCGUCUCUACUCCUUAUUUUUUUUAGUAUUUCGGGGAUUAUCGAAAUCGGCGAAAACAACCACUAAUCUGGGGACGCAGUUGUGAACCGGGUUAG